GAGACCACAGGCCCCGGGGACAGGCGGAGGGGGGCACUGGCCUGGGCUGGCAGAGCUGAGCGUGGGAGUGUUUGCGCGUGAGAUCUAGGGCUGCUCCCGUGCUCCGUGCGGACCCCGCCAGCCCCAGCCCAGGUCGCCGCAGCCCAGGAACCUCCCGGCCGGUGCCCCAAGGCACGCGCGGCACAGCCAUGAACACCAACGAUGCCAAGGAGUAUCUGGCCCGGAGGGAAAUCCCUCAGCUUUUCGAGAGCCUUCUGAAUGGACUGAUGUGUUCUAAGCCAGAAGACCCCAUAGAGUACUUGGAAAGUUGUUUACAGAAAGUCAAGGAAUUAGGCGGCUGUGACAAAGUGAAGUGGGAUACAUUUGUCAGCCAGGAAAAGAAGACCUUACCUCCUCUCAAUGGAGGACAAUCACGGAGAUCCUUUCUAAGAAAUGUAAUGCCUGAAAAUUCAAACUUUCCAUAUCGGCGGUACGAUCGGCUCCCUCCAAUCCAUCAAUUCUCCAUAGAAAGUGAUACGGACCUCUCCGAGACUGCAGAGUUAAUUGAGGAGUAUGAGGUUUUUGAUCCUACUAGACCUCGACCCAAAAUCAUUCUUGUCAUAGGUGGUCCGGGAAGUGGAAAGGGUACUCAAAGUUUGAAAAUCGCAGAACGUUACGGAUUCCAAUACAUUUCGGUGGGAGAAUUAUUAAGAAAGAAGAUCCACAGUACAAGCAGCAAUAGAAAAUGGAGUCUUAUUGCCAAAAUAAUUACAACUGGAGAAUUGGCCCCACAGGAAACAACAAUUACAGAGAUAAAACAGAAAUUGAUGCAAAUACCUGAUGAAGAGGGCAUUGUUAUCGAUGGCUUUCCAAGAGAUGUUGCCCAGGCUCUGUCUUUUGAGGAUCAAAUCUGUACUCCCGACUUGGUGGUGUUCUUGGCUUGUGCUAAUCAGAGGCUCAAAGAAAGAUUACUGAAGCGCGCAGAGCAACAGGGGCGGCCUGAUGACAAUCUGAAAGCUACCCAAAGGAGACUAAUGAACUUCAAGCAGAACGCUGCUCCGUUGGUCAAAUACUUCCAGGAAAAGGGGCUCAUCAUGACAUUUGACGCUGACCGAGACGAGGAUGAGGUGUUCUAUGACAUCAGCAUGGCAGUUGACAGCAAGUUAUUUCCAAACAAAGAAGCUGCGGCAGGUUCGAGUGACCUUGAUCCUUCAAUGAUGUUGGACACUGGAGAGACCAUUGAUACAGGGUCUGACUAUGAAGAUCAGGGUGAUGACCAGUUAAAUGUAUUUGGAGAGGACACCAUGGGAGGUUUCAUGGAAGAUUUGAGAAAGCGUAAAAUUAUUUUCAUGAUUGGUGGCCCAGGCUCUGGCAAAGGCACACAGUGUGGAAAGCUGGUGGAAAAAUAUGGAUUGACACAUCUCUCGACUGGUGACCUCCUGCGUAAUGAGCUGUCGUCAGAAUCUGAAAGAAGCAAACUGAUCAGAGACAUCAUGGAACGUGGCGACCUGGUGCCCUCAGGCAUCAUUCUGGAGCUCCUGAAGGAGGCCAUGUUGGCCAGCCUCAGCGACACCAAGGGCUUCCUGAUUGACGGCUAUCCCCAAGAAGUGAAGCAAGGGGAAGAGUUCGGACGUAGGAUCAGAGACCCGCACUUGGUGAUCUGUAUGGACUGCUCAGCAGACACCAUGACCAACCGCCUUCUCCAGAGGAGCCAGGGCAGCCCUUGCGUGGAAGACACCAGCACCAUCGCCAAGCGCCUUGAAGCCUACUACCGAGCGUCCAUCCCUGUGAUCGCCUACUAUGAGACGAAAACACAGCUACACAAGGUAAAUGCAGAGGGGACGCCAGAGGAAGUUUUUCUUCAACUCUGCACAGCUAUUGACUCUAUUUUCUGA